AUGACUAGCAAGGUACAUGAUGAAAAUACUAUCCCCAAGACCAUUCUGAACCUCCAAGCUGUGAAUAGCCCUACAAGUAUUUCCAACCUACAUUGUAUUAACUCCUCCAUCGAGGGAAUGAAGACUACUAUUGCGGGAACUAUCCCGAGCCUCCAUCCUAUCAAUGCCGAUCCUACGUUACUUACUGAACCUCCUUUCUCUUCUAUACCCUCUGCCGUGACUCGGAUGACUAGCGAGGCACAUGAUGGAAAUACUAUCCCCAGCACUGCUUUGGACCUCCACACUGUUAGUAGCUCCACACCUAUACCGAACCUUCAUUGUAGCAACUCACCCCUCGAGGCAAUGGAGACUACUAUUCUGGGAACUAUCCCGAGCCUCCAUACUAUCAAUGCCGAUCCUACGUUACUUACUGAAGCUCCUAUCUCUUCUAUACCCUCUGCCGUGACUCGGAUGACGAGCGAGGCACAUGAUGGAAAUACUAUCCCCAGCACUGCUUUGGACCUCCACACUGUUAGUAGCCCCACACUUAUUCCCAACCUUCAUUGUAGCAACUCACCCCUCGAGGCAAUGGAGACUACUAUUCUGGGAACUAUCCCGAGCCUCCAUCCUAUCAAUGCCGAUCCUACGUUACUUACUGAAGCUCCUAUCUCUUCUAUACCCUCUGCCGUGACUCGGAUGACUAGCGAGGCACAUGAUGGAAAUACUAUCCCCAGCACUGCUUUGGACCUCCACACUGUUAGUAGCCCCACACUUAUACCGAACCUUCAUUGUAGCAACUCACCCCUCGAGGCAAUGGCGACUACUAUUCUGGGAACUAUCCCGAGCCUCCAUCCUAUCAAUGCCGAUCCUACGUUACUUACUGAAGCUCCUAUCUCUUCUAUACCCUCUGCCCUGACUCGGAUGAUUAGCGAGGUAGCUUUUAUUUGA